AUGGCAAUGAAAAAAAUUGAAAUAAAUAUGUUAAUUCAAGAAAGACUUCACAUAACUCUGAAAAAAGCUUUGACAUUAGGAAAAAAUUUAGAAAAAACAAUUUUAAAUUUAUGUCCUGAAGUUAAAGAAAAUAUAAGCCAGUUAGAAAACCCAAAAAUAGAAAAAAUAAUUUUUGCACAACUCUUUGAAGUUGGAGAUAGUGAUAUAUCUGAAAAUAAAAUCCAAAAAAAGUUAUCUGAACUUCUUACUGAUUCUUUAGAUUGGACAGAAAGAAGA